GGCAACGAUGAAUUUUUCAAGAAAUAAUCCAACGGUCAAGCAAAAACUGUUUCACGUGUGUUUUAGUUCACCUGCGAGUGUACAGUAUUUGACUUGUAGGCGGCGAUUGUUUGCCCUGUUCUGUCAAUUUGAGAAUUUAACGCUCCACGCACGUAAUCCCAAUGAAUCACACAGAGCUGUCAAAUUGCGGAGAGCAAUACAAGUCAAUUUAUCGCGGUGGCAACUAUUAAACAUUUGUCCCUCCACGACUUUUCCCUAUCUAAUAACCUUUGCUCGGGUGUGAACGAGGAUGUUCCGGAGUGACAGUCCGCUGGGGAAUGACACCAGCAGUUAUGCAGGAUCCAUCCAGUCCAAUGGCAACUCGUUCAGGGAUGAAGUGUCCUCACUGGUGUCAUCUAUGUCGAGGCCCAGCGCAAAGUCGAUAUACCUGCAGCGGAAGGAGUACGCCGCCUCGAUGAACAACACCAUCAAGUAUUUCCAUUACAGAGUGGAGCAUCUACUCACAUGCGACCUGGAUGGCGAGGAGCUGCGAGGCUUCACCGACUGUGUGGACAGGCUCAAUCUACUCGACAAGAUGGGUCGAGUGUGGGGCCAGAACAUGCUGCUGGAGGUCAACGGACCCGACCUGCUCCUCACCGACACCGAGACCAAGGAAGUGCUGGAGUCUAUUCAUCUGUGUGACGUUGUGGAGCUAAAAGCUGUGUUGGACACGACGGCUUCGAACUCGCUCCUGGCAGUGAUGGUCAAACCCAGCAGGAAACACGUGAUGAGCGUCUUCUUGUUCCACUGCGACGACGUCAGGGCUGAUUACGUCCAAAGGGCUCUUUCACAAGCGCGUUUAAGCGCAAAACAUCAAGAAGCGCAAAGUCGAAGUCAAGUUGAACCCAAAGAGUGGGCCCCUCCCGAUUACAACGAGGACACUGACCUGGUUGUAGCUCCGAAGGAUGUUGAUGACCAGGAGGAAGAGGAGCUCGAGGAAGAAGAAGAGGAGGAGGCCGCCAUCAGAGAAGAAACUUUGCCACCUCGACGGCCUUACACGGAAUUGGACAGAGACGUGGACAUCUUGAAUCACAUCAUCAACGACAUUGAGAUCUUCAUGGGGAAGGUGGCCGGCGUCGCAGCGAAAAAUGCAAAGAAAAAGAAGAAAAAGAAAAAAGGAAAAGUCAUGGUCGGCAUGCCCCCAACAGCAGAGUUUGAAGAGUGUCUCCAGAAGAUCAAAUGUGGUUUCAACCUUUUGGUGGAGCUGAAGGGAAAGAUCGAUAACCCCAGUGUGUCCGAAUUUGUGCACUCCUUCUUCUCUGCAUUAGCAUUUAUUGUGACUCAGUGCUCCGAGGACGUGCCUCCGAGCAUCGUCGCUCCCCUGCUGACUCCUCAGUGUAUCUGCCUCAUGAGCGAGGAGGCAUCCGCCGAGGAGGACCAGCUGUGGCAGUCUUUGGGAGACGCGUGGAAUAUCCCAAGCACUAAAUGGCCCGAGGAUGACGAGGACAUCCCGACAUACACUCUGGCGUUCUUUGACGGCUGGCAGCCUCCCGAGCUCAGGGAGGCCCCUGCAGCCGCCACGGAGACCCCGGUGAGGGCGCAGGAGGUUCGAUGGCCCCCGUCCAGCGAGACAACCACCAAAAGGAUGCCGUCGCCACCUCCACCAGCAACACAGCUAGAAAGGAUACCUGUAAGGUACACGGCCAAGUUACGGGAGAAGAAGCUGCGUCGCAUGCGCGUCAUGCACGACUUCAUCUCCAGGAAUAACAGAGAGCUGACCAUCAGAAAAGGCGAAGUCGUGGAGCUGCUGGACGUGUCCAAGCUGUGGUGGAAAGUGAGGAACAGCAGAGGAGAAGAAGGUUUCGUACCCAACAACGCCCUCACUGAAAAUGAACAACAAGCUGAUGACAUGGUGGCGGCAAUGCCAACCGGAAGUUCUCCCGUCUUAGGCAAGAAGUCCAAACCUGCUGAGGUGAAAGCCUGGCUUGAACACAUGGGCUUCACCAAGAUCACGGUGCGCUGUCUGGGCGUGCUGAGCGGCUCCAUGCUCCUGAGCAUGACCCGAGAGGAACUGAAGACGGUGUGUCCAGAAGAAGGCGGAAGGGUGUUCUUCCAAUUACAAGCAGUCCGCUCCGCCGCCCUGGCUGCUGCAAACUGAGCCGAAGAGUUGUCAUGAAGGAAAACAUCACCAGAGGCGACCCACCUUCAGCUCACAACAGCUAAUCCUCUGUCAUUUUUACACUGGCACUUUUCACAUUAGAAAUCUUGACUGUAUGUUAUACUAUAACCGGACUUCAAAAUGCUGUAUUUACAAAGAUGAUCAUGCUAGCUUUUGAUUGGCACUGCCAGAGAGACAUUAAUUUAACAAGACUAUAUUUAUUGGUUCGUCAUAGUUUUUCUAUCCACCCACCCACGCAUCCGUCCAAUUUCUACAACACUUAUCCUCACUAGGUUUGCUGGGUCUAUCCCAGCCGACUCUGGACAACUAUUCACACUUUGAGCCAAUUUAAAGUCUUCAUGCAUGUUUUUGAAAUGUCGGAAGAAGCUGGAAUACCCAGAAAAAAAGCGGGAAAGGCUGGAGCUGAGAUUCGAACCCUGUAUCUUAGAAUUUUGAGGCAGACAUGCAAGCCACUAUUGUACAGUCCUGCCCUGGGUUUACGAAUACUGUACGUUUUUUUUUAAAUUCACCUACAGUCAGAGCAAAAUAUGACCUCAGUGUGAAAGUAUUCAAAUUCCAACUCCAUUAAUGGAUACAUCUUCCAGGUGUAAAUGCCAGUUUUAAAUUCGCCCGGUACAGGUAAUAUACCCAUGGCAGAAAAUUAUGUUAGCAACGUUUAACGUGAUCGCGGAUGUUUGCUAUUCAACGUGAGUCCUGCGGAUGUCCGUGGCUUUCGUUUCAAACAGAUGCCUGAAACGCGUCAAUAACGUUUCGACCAUCUGUUGCCUCCAGUCAGGGCUUGCAAGGCCUUCUCUAAAUGCUGUCAGAAGCACUAACUAUGCAACCUAAAUCCUAUUUGUACCAUGAAGUUGUAUUAUUUUGCUCAGAAGUGUCUAUUCUCUUCGUUUUGAAGCGCUUACCUGACGAUGCCUUCACCUUGAGGACGGUAGAUUUUAAUAUUAUUAUUAUUAUUAUUCAUUUUGCUGAUAUUUUAGCUAGCUGGCCCACAAGUAUGUGAGCAGUUUUCUGUCUUCUUGGUUGGUCAGAGCAAAACUAUUUGGCAGGGAUUGAGACCAAAAAGACGUUAGCCUGUUCUGUUUAGCGCUUCAAAGCGAAAAGGUGACAUCUGGUGGACAAAAAACGAAUUGCAGUGACAUGAAAAUCCCCUUCGGAGAAACCGAGAAAUAAAAACGGUAGCAAUCACAA